AUGGCUGACCCUGUAAUUGUUGCUACAAUUCAAGUUUUGCUUGAAAAACUUCUUUCUCUCACUAUUGAGAAAGUUAGGCCGGAUUGCAACAAGCAUCUCAGAAGGAUGACACAAAAUGUAUCUAUCAUUCAAGAUUUCAUUCAUGAUGCUCAAAGACGACAAGUUGAUGACGAAGAUCAAGCAAUCCUCGAAUCAUUGACACAUCGGAAACUUGAGGUCCAUACCAGGGAUAUAAUAGUGAAGAAAUUCCGAGAUGAACUAGGAGGAAAAAUAUAUCUGCUUGUCUUAGAUGAUUUGUGGAGUUUUGACCUUCCAGUGUGGGAUGAGUUCAUCGACAGCUUGAGAGGAGUAAACACAUCCAGAGGAAACUGCAUUCUUGUGAUGACUCGUAUGAAGCUGGAGGCAUCCACAGUAGCGACAGUAGGCCUUCAUAUGUUCGAAAAAUUAGCGAAUGAUCAUUGUUGGUCGAUUUUCAAACAAUGA